GAAUAUGUCAAUAUUUUUUCAGUUGGAAAUGUUUAUUAAACAUUAAUAAAUCUAAUGGCUUCUCCAAGAGUGGCUGCCAAAGUUUUCAAUAGACUUUCACCACAAAGAGUGCAAAAUGUUUUCAAUACCAGGCAAACUCUUUAUUCCAAAACACCUGUAAAACAUAAUCUUACAGUUGAAAGUAUCAUAAAAAUACAAGAAAAAUCACCAGUUUUCAAUCUUGAUACCCCGCACAGAAAGAAAAUUAUUAAUGAAGGAUUUCUAGGCAACUUUCGUAAAAUACUUGGAAAUGGAACAUUUGGAACGGUUUACAAAGCAAAUUACAAAGGUGAACCUGUUGCUGCCAAAAUUAUUAAGCACAAUUAUAAUGGAAAAAAUUUAUUUGAAACAGAAAAACAAGUUGCUUAUUUGAGUCAUCCAAAUGUAGUAAAAGUUUUUAAAGUAGAAGAAGGACCUAUUCUCACACUUAUAACAAUGGAAUUAUGUGGCGAUUCACUACAAAUAAUUCUUGACAAGAAUGAACUUUCAAAAAAAGAACGAAUUCAUUUUUGGAAAUCAAUAGCAAAAGCUUUGAAAUAUUGUCAUGAAAUAGGUGUUGUGCAUGCUGAUGUGAAACCUAAGAAUAUAUUAAUGGGAACAGAUAAUCAACCAAAGUUAGCUGAUUUUGGUAGUGCUAUAUUUAUGAAUGCACCAUAUAAUCCUUCAAAUUUUCAUGGAACUCCUGGCUAUGCAGCCCCAGAAGUUGUAUCUGGCAAUAAGCCAACACCUUUGUCAGAUAUUUAUUCAUUAGGUGUUACUGCUUGGCAAAUGCUAACGAGAAAAAGACCCUUUACAGGUUUACAUGUACACACAAUUUUAUAUCUUACAGGAAAAGGAAAAAAGCCAUCAGACAGUAAGUUGGAUGAUGGUUUUGGAGGAAAAUAUAAGGAGAUGUAUGAACAAAGUUGGAGUAAGAUAAGUAAAGAUAGACCUAGUCUCAACACGAUAAUUAAAAAUUUAAGCCAAAUGGAAUUAGAAAUUUACUAGGUUUUCCAUAGAAAAAUAUAUAAAUUUGUACCUUUUUUUAAAG